AUGCUUCCUCAUCGCUCGCGGUGUCUGAGCAAGAAACUUCGCUACCCAUGUCCCAACUCCCGACUCACCUACGCCCCAUUCUCCUCUUCCGCCAGGCGCAAUGGCUACGACGACACAAUAGCCAACCUCAAGAUCGGCAAAGACACACGUGUGAUAUUCCAAGGCUUCACCGGCAAGCUCGCCACAGCCAACGCAAAAGAGUCGAUAGAAUGGGGCACCAACGUGGUGGGCGGCGUCAAGCCAGGAGGCUCGGGCGAACAUCUCGGUCUGCCCGUCUUGCCUUCGGUUCGAGCAGCAAUGGAGCAAUUGAAGCCAGACGCGACGGGUAUCUAUGUUGCAGCACACCAGGCACCCGCGGCCAUUGAGGAAGCAAUCGAGGCGGAAGUCCCGCUUAUCGUUGCUGUAGCGGAGCAUAUCCCAAUACAUGAUAUCAUGAGGAUACACUCCAUGCUUCAGACACAGUCAAAGUCUCGAUUGGUUGGGGCAAACGCUCCUGGCAUCAUCUCCGCCAUUGGCCGCUGCAGAAUCGGAUUCCAACCUCUGCCCACAUUCUCGCCAGGCCAUGUUGGAAUUGUAGCGAAGUCAGGAACACUUUCCUACGAGACAGUGGGCUCUCUGACACGUUCGGGCGUGGGUCAGAGCUUGUGUAUCGCAGUGGGAGGCGAUGUGAUUGCAGGGACCAGUUUCGUCGAUGCAUUGAAGGUCUUCGAGCAUGACACUGACACAGAGGGCAUAAUCAUUGUUGGAGAGCUUGGUGGUACAUCAGAAGAGGAGGCGGCAGAUUGGAUCAGGGAUUAUAAGAAGAGAACCAAGGACCCGAAACCCAUAGCUGCAGUCAUAGGCGGCUUCCAAGCAGCACCAGGUCGGGUCAUGGGCCACGCAGGUGCAUGGACAGGACUUGGAGAGGGUACUUCGGAGUCGAAGUGGAAGGCUUUGUCGGACGCGGGAGUCACGAUGGUUGACCACCCGGCCAAGUUUGGCGGAGUAAUGAAGGAGAUCCUGGCUCAAUCUGGCCGAGAUGAACGGUCCGCAGCUCAGGCUCAACAACGUCGCUCAUAUCAUACUUCACGCAGUGCAUCACGACCCACUGUCCCACCAUCUUCCAGUAUCUCCACCACCUACCAUCAGAAACGUUCCCUACAUCUAUCACCCGAACAGUCCAAAGAACUCCUAAAAUCAUACAACAUCGAGCUUACCGCACCGCCAGCGGACACAGAAAACACACACUUUGUCGGCAUAGACGUAGCCCGCGGCGCCCGCUCCCCAAGCAUCAUCGCGGCGCCCACAUCCUCUCCAUCCCAACUCUCCCACCGCGUACGCCGCUUCCCCUUCGACUACCGCACCGGUCCGACCCAAGAAACCAUCUCCGCAGCGAUAUCGUACCUCCAACUCGACGCGGCAGCCCCAAAGACCAAAGCCCAAACCGCCUCACUGAUCACCAACCUCUGGACCCUCUACACCGCCAAAGAAGCCAUCACCGCGACCGUCUCCCUCGCCCCCUCCCCCUCACAAGACACCCUCCAGAUCUGGAACCCCUACCUCUUCUUCGACGACGCGGCCUUCAAAUCCAACAACCGGCACGCCGACCUCCACGCCCUCCGCGACACCUCCACCCUGCACCCCACCUCCCUCGAAGCCGAAGCCUCCGGCAUCGUCUUCAUCCCGCUCGCCUCCCCCAGCACCACCACCGCCUCCUCCCCACCGCGCAACAACCUCAUCGGCACCCUCGUCAACGGCGCGGGCCUCGCAAUGAACACCAACGACGUGCUGUCCCUCCGCCUCUCCCCCACCACCACCUCCGCAAACUUCCUCGACACCGGCGGAAAAGCGACAUCCCAAACCAUCUCGACCUCCUUCAAGCUGAUCCUGCAGGACCCGCGCGUCGCCGUCGUGUUCGUUAACAUCUUCGGCGGCCUCACGCUCGGCGACAUGAUCGCCGAGGGCAUCAUCCUCGCGUUCAAGGAGGUCGGCGUCGACAAGCCGGUCGUCGUGAGGAUCAAGGGGACGAACGAGGAGGAGGGUAGGAGGAUUCUGCAGGAGGCGAGGCUCCCGAUUGUGGCGUUUGAUGACUUUGAGGAGGCGGUGAGGGAGGUGGGGAGGUUGGCGGGUGUUGCUAGUGAUGGGAAGGAGAUAUGA